AUGGAGUCGCACGAAUUACGUAUUAGAGAAGUCGGGGGAGUGUCUAUUUUAGUGCACAAGGACAAAAUAGUAAAUCCUUUGGCUGAGAAAUUUGCAAAUAAAUAUCUACCACGUCUUAUCGAAAGUAGUGAAAUCCGCAGUACUAUAUUGUCGGAAAUUAAAAGUUACUACCAGGAACAUUCCAAACAGCAUUAUUUAUUGAAGCAGAUAAUUGCUGUUACAGAUGACUCCGAGGUACCAGGAGUCAAAGAAUCUAAGCUAAAUGUUUGCAAGCUUUGCUUCAAUCAUGCCUCAAAGUCACACAUUAAUCAUCAUCUUAGAACAGAACACAGAGUCAAUUGCAACUUCCAACGGCACGUCUUCAGAACAACCGGGUAUGCAAUUCCCAACCAAAAGUGCGGCUUUUCCUAUAUAUACCGCGAAAAAGAAGACACCAAACCGCCCACUUCAAUGACAACCAUCGAAGGCCCGCAUACCCAUCUCCGGCACGAGGACAAGUUCCUCCGCACAAUCAACGCCAACCUAUAUUACGGAAAGGGAUACCCGCAGUAUCUACACAGCGAAAACAAGGAAGAGAGCAUACCGGUGUUUGAGGCCGUCAAGAAGUAUAUUCUCCAGGACAGGCCACAUUUGAAAGGCACGCAUCCCAUUUACAACCGGAUGUUGCGAGAGGGAAUAUUGAAGGUGCCGGUUCUCUUUACGACGCAGGUGAUAUAUGCAAAUUACGCCGGCCGCUUUUUCUACACGUUUGCCAAGUUAUGCGAUAACCGAAUCAUCGAGGAGGUGGUGACCAAUCCCACCGACGAAGUGGUGAAGCGAGCGGUGAUGGAGACGAUCGAGAAGUAUAUUGUGGUGGAAGAAGACACGACUGAAACGUUUAUGAAAGCCGUGAUUAUCUCGUUGAUGCUUCCCGAUGACCGGUUUGCGCAGUCGAAGGUGCGAGCCAAAAUCUUUGACGGCAUCAACUAUUUCUUGAAGUUGGCCAUAGCAGACUAA